AUGGAAAAAUUAUUUUUUAAAGUUUGGAAAAAUAAUAUUUUAAGGAAAUUAAUAUUUUCAUAUAUUAUAGAAAUUAAUAAAAGAAAAAUUGGUAGAAUUUUAAAAUAUUAUGAAAUUAAAUCAGCAGAUAUUUUAUGUGAUAAUGGAUAUUGGUUAUUAUUAAAAGAUAUAGUUCAACAGAGAGAGAUUAGAAGAAAACAAAAAGAAGAGGGUAAAUCAUGUUAUCCAGGCCCAUCAAUAGAGAUAAAGAUAACAGAAUCAUCAUUAAUUAAAAUUUGUAAAGGUGUUUCAAAUAUUGAUUUAUUUAAAUCACUUUAUUAUCAAUUAGAAAAGGAGUUUAAAUAUCAUGAUUUCAUGUUUAUAGAUUAUGCAGCCGAUAGCGGUUCAUUGGAGGUGGUGAAAUUCCUUCAUGAAAAGGGCCACAGUGCGUCAUUCGUUGCCUUGGAUAACGCAAGUUGGAGAGGGCAUUUCGAUAUAAUUAAAUUCCUAAUCCACAACAGACAUGAGCAAUGCUCGAAAGGAGCCAUCGACCAGGCCGCUGCCGAGGGUAAUUUACCAAUAGUGAAAUAUCUAUCAAAGUACACACAAUCUGGGUGUUCAAAGUCUGCUAUUAAUCUAGCAUGCAAAAACGGGCAUUUAGAAAUGGUGAAAUACCUAUUCGAGAAUAGAAAAGAGGGUGCGUCAGCCAAGGCAUUGGAUUAUUGCUGCGAGUUUGGUAGAUUUGAAAUAUUUAAAUAUCUAUUUGAAAACGAUGUUUUGUCAUUAAACAAUAUGGGCACUACCUCAUUCAGCAGUCAAAGUGAGUCACAAAAUAACAAUGGUCAUAAUAAACAGUAUAUCACAGUUGACGGCUUGAAAUUGGCUGUCAAAAGUGGUAAUUUGCAAUUGGUUAAAUAUAUGAUUGAUAAUAAAAUUUUCAUUAGAUCAGAUUGUAACAUUGCCUAUCAACAAAGUCUAUCCCAAAGAAAUUGUGAAAUCAUUAAAUUAUUAGAACAAUUCUCUAGUGAAAGAAUUACAACAGUUGAAUUCAUAAUGUAUAAUAUAAAAGCAAUUGAAAAUAAAUUAUUAAAUAAUAUAAUUUACUUAUUUGACAAGUAUCCUAAACAAGUACUAUCUUCAACUCAAUAUAAAGAAUUAAUUUAUAAAUCUGUACAAUCUUCUGAUUUCCAAAUAUUUCAAUUCAUUUUCCAAAAUGCAAUUAAAAAAUAUCCAACUUUUUUACAACAAACUUUAAAGAAUUCCUCUUCUUCCUCUUCCUCUUCCUCCUCAUCUUCUUCAAAAGGUGAAAAAAAUCAUUUAAAUGAAAAAUAUUUAUUUAUGUUAUCUAUAAGAUCUUUAAAUUUAGAAAUUGUUCAAUUUAUUUAUAAUCAAUAUCAUAUUCCUUCAAAUUCAAUUAAUAUUCAAUUAUUAUUAUCUUUUUCAAUUUAUAAUUUUAAUAUACCAAUAACUGAUUUUUUAAUUUCAAACUUUUUUAUAAAUAAUUUUUAUUUAAUUCAAAAUGAUCAUCAAGAUGAUCAUGAUUUAGAUAGUAUUAAUAAUAUGUAUAUUAAUAAUAAUAAUAAUAAUAAUAAUAAUAAUAAUAAUAAUAAUAAUAAUAAUAAUAAUAAUAGUUAUAAAAAUAGUAAAUUAAAUUUAGAUAAUUAUUUAUUAUCACCAAUAAUAAGAUCAAAUUCAAAAAUUUAUAAUUAUUUAUUAAAUUGUAAAAAUAAUAUUUUACCACAAUUACUAUUACAACAAAUUCAACAACCACAACCACAACCACAACCACAAUCACAACCUCAAUUAUCAAAUAAUAAUAAUAAUAAUAAUACUAAAAAACAAAGUGUAUUAUUUAUUAAUAAUGAAAAUUAUAAAUUAUUGUAUAAAUCAAAUAUUUCAUCAAUUUAUGAUGAAAUUCAUAUAUCAAACCCAAAAUAUUUUAAAAUAUUUUUAACCCAUUUAACUGAUAGUAUGAUGUCGGAAUUUGAUGAUUCUUUUAAUCACAUCUCAAGAGGAAAUCAUAUUAGAUUUGUUGAUGCUUUUUCAGGUGAUCAUCAUCUUUUAUAUGGUUUUAAUAAUAAUAAUAAAUUGUAA